AUGACAGCGCAGAUGUUCACCAUCGCUCUGCUUCUCUCACUCUCAGCCAUCGCUGCUGCAGGAACUAUCAAGCACUGUAAAUGUCCGGCCACGUCUGUGCAAGUUGACGUCGACCAGCUAGACGUCGACCAGCGUGACGUCGACCAGCGUGACGUCGACCAGCUAGACGUCGACCAGCGUGACGUCGACCAGCGUGACGUCGACCAGCGUGACGUCGACCAGCUAGACGUCGACCAGCGUGACGUCGACCAGCGUGACGUCGACCAGCUAGACGUCGACCAGCUAGACGUCGACCAGCUAGACGUCGACCAGCUAGACGUCGACCAGCGUGACGUCGACCAGCUAGACGUCGACCAGCUAGACGUCGACCAGCGUGACGUCGACCAGCGUGACGUCGACCAGCGUGACGUCGACCAGCGUGACGUCGACCAGCUAGACGUCGACCAGCGUGACGUCGACCAGCUAGACGUCGACCAGCUAGACGUCGACCAGCGUGACGUCGACCAGCGUGACGUCGACCAGCGUGACGUCGACCAGCGUGACGUCGACCAGCGUGACGUCGACCAGCUAGACGUCGACCAGCUAGACGACAAAGGGACGUGCAAAGGCUAA